CAUAGGUAUUCGAAAAGGCCAAAAAGUCUAAAUUAAUGCAUAUUUUGCUUUUAAACCAACUUAGGUUUAUGUUUCAAUCUCUCAUUGAAACUGUAUGAAGCUGCCUUAUGGGAACCAUAUAUGCUGAACCCAUCAGGAGAUGCAGACACAGGAUUUUAGCAAAGCUGAUUGUCUCUAAGAUGGUGCCAACUCCAGUUUGCUAAAAGGACCUCCGGGCCAUCUGUGAUUUGGUAACCUCAGGGGACCCAGACUGGGAUGCCACAGACAUGGUGAACACAUGACCACUGUGAGUGUUUGUUUUACUGAUGGACCACUUUCAAGGACCGUGGAAGACCCUGAGCAAUGGCUUCGGAAUGAAGGACUCACCGUUUGAGGGCCCCUGCCUAUCCCCAACCAUUGUCCAGGGCUUCACCUGCCAGCGACGCUCCUCAGACGAUAGCAAGAUGUCAGACUCCAAGGCUAGCAGCACAAUCCGCGUCUUCCUCCCAAACCAGCAGCGCACUGUGGUAAAUGUGCGACCAGGUAUGACUCUUUACAGCUGUUUGAUCAAAGCCUUGAAGGUGCGGGGUCUGCAGCCUCAGUGCUGCGCCGUCUUCAAGCUGCAUGCCGGACAGAACAGUAAAAAAUCCCGGAUGGACUGGAACACUGAUUCAGCCUCGCUGAUCGGGGAAGAGCUGCUGGUCGAGGUUUUAGAUCACGUUCCUUUGACAACGCAUAAUUUUGUCCGGAAGACAUAUCUUAAGCUAGCCUUCUGCGACAUUUGCCAGAAGUUUCUCCUUAAUGGAUUCCGCUGCCAAACAUGCGGCUAUAAAUUUCAUGAGCAUUGUAGCACCAAAGUGCCCACAAUGUGUGUGGACUGGAGCAACAUUAGACAGCUCCUCAGGUUUUGUCCAACACCGGGUGAGAGUGUUUUCCCGUCCCUGCCACAGCUCACAUCUCGACGUAUGAGAGAAUCCCUGACCCGGGUUCCAAGCUCGGGCCACCGAAAUUCCAUCCCUCAUGCCUUCAACUAUACCACUUCGUACCCACCCACAGGCGGCGGUCUCUCCCAGAGGCAGCGCUCCACUUCUACGCCCAAUGUCCACAUGGUCAGCACGACCCUCCCUGUAGACAGUAGCAUGUUUGAGCUAGACUGUCUGAGUACCUCUCCCAGCUCCUGGUGCCAUAGAUUCUGGCUGAAGAGGAAAGUAGGUAUUGUGCCCUUCUCCGAGUCUUUUGUUGAGGCCUCGUCUGAGAGUCCAGAAAAGGAGGCAAUGCGAGAUCAUGACUCGGCUGGAAGUUCCCCCAGCCAGAGCCCCACAGGUUGGACCCAGCACAAAGCUCCAGUACCUUCCCAGCGAGAAAGAGCCUCAUCCAACACUCAGGAGAAAAAUAAAAUUAGGCCUAGGGAUAAGCGAGAUUCGAGUUUUUAUUGGGAAAUUGAGGCCAGUGAGGUUUAUCUACAUUCCCACAUUGGUGCAGGUUCUUUUGGAACUGUAUACAAAGGAAAAUGGCAUGGUGAUGUUGCAGUGAAGAUCUUAAAGGUUACUGACCCAACACCGGAGCAGCUCCAGGCAUUCAGAAAUGAAGUGGCUGUCCUGAGGAAAACACGACAUGUCAACAUACUUUUGUUUAUGGGCUACAUGACGAAGGACAACCUGGCCAUCGUGACCCAGUGGUGUGAGGGUAGCAGCCUGUACAAACACAUUCAUGUCCUGGAGACUAAUUUCACCAUGAUCCAACUUAUAGAUAUUGCCAGGCAGACAGCUCAGGGCAUGGAUUAUUUACAUGCAAAAAACAUAAUUCAUCGUGACAUGAAGUCCAACAACAUCUUCUUGCAUGAAGGGUUGACUGUAAAAAUUGGGGACUUUGGUCUUGCUACCGUGAAGUCCAGGUGGACUGGGUCAAACCAGGUGGAGCAGCCAUCUGGAUCCAUUCUCUGGAUGGCUCCUGAGGUUAUCCGAAUGGAGGAUAACAAUCCCUACAGCUUCCAGUCUGAUGUCUAUUCCUAUGGAAUCGUUCUCUUUGAGCUGAUGACUGGAGAGCUCCCAUACUCCCACAUAGCAAGCAGAGAUCAGAUUAUAUACAUGGUGGGAAGAGGCCGUUUGUGCCCAGACCUCAGUAAGCUCUACAAGAACUGCCCCAAAGCCAUGAAGAGGUUAGUAGCUGACUGCAUCGAGAAGUCCAAGGAAGAAAGGCCGCUCUUUCCACAGAUCUUGUCCUCCAUUGAGCUCCUCCAGCACGCCCUCCCUAAGAUAAACCGCAGUGCCUCAGAACCGUCCCUGCACAGAGCCGCGCAGACCGAGGACAUCAAUGCCUGCACUCUGACCACCAGGCUGCCUGUUUACACAUAGACUCCCCCCCCCCCCCCCCCCCCCCCCCCCCCCCCCCCGCAUCAAAAAAAUCAUAUUCCUCACUAUCAGUACAUCGAAAAUGGACCUCCUAAAAGACAUUUGUAUGGAACAGUACACAUACAAUCAUACAUAAACCAUUGUUAGUCAAUGAAUAUGUCAGUAAAGGAGCAUAGCAGGAGGAGGAGCAUCUGAGAUUAACUAUGGAAGAAUGCAAUAGAAUCUACAUAUGCAGAGUUCAGCAUAAGGUACAUCACAUGCAUUAAGAAGUUUGUUGAGGCUUUGUGUUCGUAUCGUUUUUGAUUUAAAUUGCAUAUAGAAGCACACGCCUACCUGAGGCAACAAUGAAUGGACACUGAAGGAAGCUCAGGAGACGCAUGUUCGCUGAUCUGUGCCCUGAGCCCUGCUCCUAUCAGGCCUAAAGAGGACUACUUAAGCUUAGCUGCCUUACGAGGAAACAAAGUCUGGACUACAUUUCUGCCCAACUUUAUCUCUGGUUAUCACAAAGCCACUGGAUGCAGCCCGUCUAGCUGCACAGUAGCUGAUUCUGCUUUCUCUUUAUUUUGGGCCUUUUUUUAAGACUUCUGUCCUGUCUCGCAGUGGGGUUUUUAUCGCUUUCAUUAAAUAUUUGUCAACGCCCACACUGUUUAGUUCUUAUUAUUGUUUGGUUAUCAUGCGCUGGACAUUCGGCAUGCGUCUUAAAUAUUUUAAGUGAUUUGGAAACUAAUUUUGUUGUUUGUUUCACCUUGAGGAGGUUAAAUGUUUUAUUUUAAAGUUGGUGGGAAAGUGUCUAUUCAAUAUUUUAAUAAAAUUAAGUUAAAAAUUAUUUGCCAAAAUAAGCUGAGUUGAUCAUGUUCAUUUUGGCUUUUGAAAUGCCUCUGUUGCUCAUCACUUCCUGUAUAGGUGUAUCUCAGUAAAUUACAAUAUCAUCAAAAAGAUUGCUUUUCAAUAAAUUAAUACAAAAAGUUAAA